CACACAGGUAUUUGGUGGCGGCGCAGCGGUGACGGGGUUUGCGAUGUGCGCGUUUGUGUUCCUGCAGGUUGAUAACAAGCCCGUCCGAUUCACCAUGCAACAGAAGGAGGUGUCUGCGGUACUGUGGGCGCCGGUGCGAAUGCUACACCCCGCGUCUGUGCACUUCAGCGAAGUCGUGUUGCCCUACCGCAUACUGGCACUACAGAACUGGCUGCCAGAAUCAAUCAAUCACCGGUUGGGCUUGGAUACGCUUUGCUUCCCGUCCAUUGCGUUGCAUGAGCUGAAAAAUGUCGUCGUAUGCCACCAGCGGCAACUGGAUCCAGGCACUCCAGGCGAGGAGUUUGUUCUGUGGGGGAUGACACUACGUGCCACAUCCGCGUUAGUGCACUUUGUAGACGUGCCUAGAUUGGAUUGGCCGCCUGCGACAGUUAACAAUCGUGUUCUCAACUGGGUCGUACAGAUUGUGGCGAGCUGUAUGCGAUAUACUAAUCCUGAUGUAGUGCGCAGAUGGCAUGGCUGAACGAAAUAUUAAAAA